CGUAAGUCCCGCGGCUCGCGCAAGACUCACUUGACGGACCUCGUCGCGGGCAUGAGCCACGGCCGUGACACGUCGGACGAUGGGGCGGCGCAUCCGCGGAUGAAGUCGCCAGGUGUGUGGGCAUCUGUCAAAAUGGCCUACCAAGGGCUUGUGCACACUGUGAUCCGACCACCUCGGUCACACUACGCACUGGACGAUCUGGGACCAUCAACGUGCAUCUUUGCACACAAUUUGCUCGUGGGGCGAGAAGACUUUACCCUUCGGAACGAGAAAGGGCUUGCCGUCGAGUGCAGUUGGUGGAAACCUCAGCAUCAUCGCCAUGCAACCACCGACAUGCGCAUGCCGUGCAUCGUGGUGCUUCAUGGAAACAGCUCGUCGCGGCUGGGAUGCAUGGAAACAUUGUUCCACGGCCUCGCAGCGGAGUUCACAGUAUGCGCUAUCGACUUCAGCGGUUCGGGGUUGUCCGAGGGAAAGUACGUGUCUUUGGGUUUCCACGAAAAGAAGGAUAUCUCCCUCGUGCUCACGCACCUCGAGUCGACGGGCGAAGUGUCCAACAUCAUUCUGUGGGGUCGCAGCAUGGGGGCCGUCGCGUCCAUCUUGUGCGCCGCCGAGGAAGCAGAGGACAAAGCUGGCGGCGCCACCAUCACCGCGAUGGUGCUGGACAGCCCAUUCUCAAGUCUCAAGCAGCUUGCGCUGGACCUCGUUGACGAGGGCAAGCUCCACGUGCCCAAGUUUGCAGUGUCCAUUGUCAUGCGGUUCCUUCGCCGGGACAUCCAGCGGCGCGCCAAAUUCGACAUGUUUCAGCUCAAGCCGAAAGCCGUGAUUCACAAAUGCACCGUGCCGGCGUUUUUUGCGAUCGGGUGUCAAGACGAACUCGUGUCGCCGGCGCACGUCCAGCUCCUCCACGACCGACAUCGCGGCCCCAAAGAAAUCUUGAUGUUUCAAGGCGGUCACAACACCGUCCGGCCGCCCGAGUUUUUCUCCCGCGCCAUCAACUUUUGCCGGAUCAUGUGUGGUCUGCUCCCUGUCUCGGAAUCGGCGACCACAGGCGGUCUCUCGCCCGUCCACGUGCGCAACCCACACUCGUCGGAUCUGUCCGUCGAACAAGUGCGCGCGAUGUCCGUCAAGGAACUCAAAGCCGUACUGGAUCGAGCUGGCAUCGACCCCCACGCGCUGUCAACGGUCGUCGAGAAGACCGACCUCGUGGACCUCGUGCUCAAGUUGCAUGCGCGGCACGUUCGCAUGCGCGUAAACAGUGAUGCAGAGGCCGUCGGUCAGCCCGAGCGACGCCCUCCGUCGAUCCAACGACGGCACUCAACUGGCACCGACGAUCCCGCCACGUGCCCAGAAGAAGUAGUUCCGAACGUCGCGGGUGGCUAGGUAGGUCACGUCAUCGUAGGUAUAAACGUUAGAAGCAUAGACACACUCCAAACGCCACUGGCGGCGACCCAGAAAGCUCUGCCGAUUAUUCCUUCAUGGCCUCGCCUAGCCUUCCCAGCAGAACCUGUCGUGCUUCC